AGAAUCAUCAUCACGAGUAGAGAUCCAGAACGCGCCUUAUUGCAUUCGCGUGAAGAAGACAUCUCCGCGUUGUGCGCCUUUUGAUAAAUUAUAACUAUUAUUUUUCUGCGCGAUAGCGCGUACAGAUCUCAUCGCUGGGCAUAUUACUGAAUAGCCUACUGCAAAAAUGACCGAGACGGAGACGAGAAAUCCCAACCACAGCAACCAACAAAACGGAGAUGCCGUGGUGGCAGAAACUGAACUGUCGACGAGAGAUGAUGUUUUUGAUGAUAGUUAUAAAGCAAAAGAGGGUCCUAAACCGCCGAUGAGACUGGUUUGGAGAAACGUAAUAUUAAUGAUUUUAUUACAUUCUGGAGCGCUCUAUGGACUGAUGCUCGUGCCCUCCACGUCGGCCCUGACUCUGGCUUGGACUGCUCUGUGCUUCUUGCUCAGUGCCCUGGGUAUUACAGCAGGGGCUCACCGCCUGUGGAGUCACAAGUCCUACAAGGCAUCCACCCCUCUCAGAGUCUUCCUGGCCCUCGCCAACUCCAUGGCCUUCCAGAAUGACAUCUAUGAGUGGGCGAGAGACCACCGGGUUCACCACAAGUACUCUGAGACAGACGCCGACCCCCACAAUGCAGUGCGAGGCUUCUUCUUUGCUCACAUUGGUUGGCUGCUCGUUCGCAAGCACCCUGAAGUUAUUGAGAAGGGCCAAAAACUGGAACUGUCUGACCUGAAGGCUGAUAAAAUCGUCAUGUUCCAGAGAAAGUACUACAAGCUGUCUGUGGUUCUGUUAUGUUUUCUGGUGCCCAUGCUGGUACCCUGGUACUUCUGGGGCGAGUCUCUGUGGGUGGGCUACUUCAUCCCAGGCCUCUUGAGGUAUGCCCUGGUGUUGAACGCUACCUGGCUGGUCAACUCCGCUGCUCACAUGUGGGGCAACCGGCCCUACGACAAAAACAUCAACCCCAGUGAAAACAGAUUUGUGGCCUUCAGUGCCAUCGGCGAGGGCUUCCACAACUACCACCACACUUUUCCCUUUGACUACGCCACCAGUGAGUUUGGCUUGAAGCUGAACAUCACCACUGCCUUCAUAGACCUCAUGUGCUACCUAGGCCUGGCCAAGGAUUGCAAAAGGGUGUCCCGUGAAGUCAUCUUGAGUCGCGUACAGCGAACAGGAGAUGGCAGCCAUAAAACCCGCUGAGUAAUGUUGUCUUAACUGUCUCAAACCGUUAGACCAAUACCAGACACCAUAAAACAGACAACCAACAAAAGAAGGAAUGUAACUGUAGUUAAUCACACAAUUUAUUAUGAUGGGGAGUUUCUAGUCCUGCAGUUAGUAGUGAUAAGACCAUGGUUCAUUGGUGUCUCUGCUCUGUAUUAUGAGUUAAAACUAUUAUUGAGUUCCUCAGACUAAUAUUGGCUUUAAAAUGGUCCUAGACCUUUCAGUAAAGUGUUUUAUUUGAUUUUUUUUUUUGUUUUGUUGUUAAAAUGAAUGAUGUGUGAUGUGGCCAUUAGCUGAAGCAAGCUAACUGAGUGGCUAGGCUAGGCAUUUUAGCAUAGAGACUCAAAGUUUCAUUAAGAGUCACUGUUGGUAGAAAAACAUUACCCCAACUAAACUGCCGACCUAGGCCGUCUGUACACCAAAA